AUGCUGCUGGCAUAUCCAUUGUCAGUCCAUGCCCAGAAGCGCAAAAAUCUUAUCUUUAUGAUCUCUGACGGCUUCGGCAUGACAUCCGAGGCUAUGGCGCGCGAAUUCAUGAGGUAUGGAAACGAAGACACUAUGAAUUGGGCCAGCACCAUGGACACAAUGCUAGUCGGCACAUCGCGAACGCGCUCGAGCAGCUCACUGGUCACAGAUUCAGGUGCUGGUGCAACGGCAUUUUCCUGCGGCACCAAAAGCUACAACGGCGGCAUUGGAAUUACCAGCGACAAGAAGCCAUGCGGCACUGUGCUCGAGGCAGCAAAGUCCAAAGGAUACAGGACUGGAUUGGUGUCAACAGCCCGCAUCACCCAUGCAACACCCGCCGCAUUUGCAGCACAUGUGGCUAAUCGGGGCAUGGAGGACCUGAUCGCACUGCAGGAGAUCGGUAACAAUACAAUCACCCAUAGCGUUGACCUGAUGUUUGGUGGUGGGCGGUGCCAGUUUUUGCCCAAGAGCCACGACGAUGGGUGUCGGUCGGAUGAGAUUGAUGUUUUGGAGCUGGCGAAACGUGCAGGAUACACCCGUCUCGCAGACCGAGAUGCGUUUGACUCUUUGGAUACUGCCAGUGUCCGUCUACCCGUCCUGGGGCUAUUUGCAGAGAGUCACAUGUCAUUUGAGAUUGAUCGCGAUGAGAAAGAGCAGCCAUCGCUGGCUGAAAUGACCACCAAAGCACUCCAAAUCCUGGACCGCAACAGCCAGGAUGGUCCGGGAUUCUUUAUUAUGAUCGAGGGAGCCCGUAUUGAUAUGGCUGGACACGACAACGACCCGGCAACGCAUUUACGUGACAUUCUGCAGUACUGGGAGGCAGUAGCAGCAGUGCGCAAGUUUGUCGAUUCCCAUUCGGACACAUUGCUGGUAAGCACAUCGGACCACGAGACUGGUGGGCUGACCCUAGGGAUUGAUCCACAGUACGAGUGGCACCCUGAGGUGCUGGCGCCGGUAAGAAAAUCGGCAGAACUCAUCUGCAGCGAGAUGAAGCGCAUGUCAUCAGACAAGCUGCGCGAUCAUGUUGUCAAUUCAGUUCUUCCAAACUAUCUUGGCAUUAGCGACGCUGGCGAUGGCGAGGUCUUGAAUAUCCUAAGCGCAGCAACAUCACCGACAAAGCUCUGCAAGAGGAUGGUUGGCCAGACUGUUUCGGCGCGAGCUCACAUUGGCUGGACCACGGGCGGACACACUGGUGCUGACGUUGGUUUAUAUGCCUACGGCGCCGGUGCAGGCGGUUUGCGCGGCAGCUAUGAAAACACACAGAUCGGCGCAUUCCUGGCCAGAUACCUAGACGUGAGCAUGGGCUCCCUAACCAAGGCCCUGGUAAACGAAGUGACCGAGCAGCACGGAUUCAGCGACGGGUCCAGCGAUAGCGCGUAG